AUGUCGUCAACGCCUUCUAACAAAUUCCUGCCGAGCCCAAAGACAGUUGCUGUCGUAGGAUGUCCGUUUAGUGGUGGUCAGCCAAAGCUUGGCGUAGAUAAAGGUCCUAUCCAUCUCGUCCAGGCAGGGCUUAUCAACCAGGUUGAAGAACUUGGUUGGCGAGUCGUUUUUGAUGGGCACCACCAAUUUGAGGAUAUUUCUCCUCCAUCCAAUGGCAUUCAAGUUAAUGCCACCGAUGAUGCCGCUGUUGACACAUUAAAUGCAUCCAUCGCGAGGUUGAGAAGCCCUUUGUUCGUUGCACAGGUCUGCGAGAGUGUUGCAUCUGUCGUACAGGCUCAUGCAGAGAUGGGACACCUCCCCGUCACCCUUGGUGGAGACCAUUCCUUAGCCAUGGGCACUAUCUCAGGCACCCUGAGAGCAUACGACCAAGCUUGUGUCAUCUGGAUAGACGCUCACGCAGAUAUCAACACGAUCCACUCUACCGACAGCGGAAACAUCCACGGCAUGCCCCUCUCUUUUCUCCUCAAGCUUAACCCUCCUGCUCCAUCCCCAGAUUCAGUCCUUGCGAAGUUCGACUGGGUCUCUCACCUCCCUGCUGAGCGUCUCGUCUACAUCGGUUUGCGGGACGUGGACAAGGGCGAGAAGGAGAUCUUGAAGAAACACCACAUCAAGGCGUUUAGCAUGCACGAGGUUGAUCGCUAUGGCAUUGGCAAGGUGGUCGAAAUGGCGCUCGACCAUGUCAACCCGCAAAGAGACCGUCCUAUUCACCUGAGCUUUGAUGUCGAUGCGCUCGACCCGAGCGUUGCGCCUAGCACGGGGACACCGGUGCGCGGUGGGCUCACUUUCCGUGAAGGACACUACAUCUGCGAGGCGAUUCAUGAGACUGGGUUACUCGUCGCGCUUGACUUGAUGGAGGUUAACCCCGCGCUUGCAGACGCUGAGAGCGUACGCCAGACCGUUACGGUGGGGUGCUCAUUAGUCCGCUCUGCUUUGGGUAGGUCGUCCAUCCACUGCUACGUUCGCUGUGUCCACUGUUCCUGA